GUGAAAAAAAAACUUUGUCACACUCUGUCUGUGUGAAUAAUGUAUUAAAUCUGCAAAUUACACAAAAUUAAUAAAAAUGAAUAAUUAUCAUUCUUUAAUUUUUAUUUGUAGCAUUCUUAUCUUAGCAGUAUGUAUACAAUCACAAGAUUCUAAAGGGCCAGGAAUAGCAUUAUGUAAUUUUUUUGGUGAACGCAGUAAAUCUUAUUGUGGUCUCUCGAAUGUUCUUAUCACAGAUAUACCUGAAAACUGUUCAUCUGUAUUUUUCUUUGCAGUUUAUAUGGAUUUAAAUUACAAUGCUACUGAUUCCAACUAUUCAAGCGAUUUUAAACUUUUAGACGAUAUGUUGAAUAGUGGUAAGCGUAUAAUAAUAUACUACAUACACGAAACCCAAGAAUGGCCUACAGUUCUUGGAUGUAAUUCAUCUAAUGAAGGAAACAACUCGUUCGAUGAAAUGAAAGCCUUAAAGGGGUUUUUCGAUGAACAUCCAAAAAUUGCUGGUAUUUUACUUGUAGGUUUAGAAUAUCAAAGUAAAUCCGAUGAAAUUCCCGGAUUAUCUGAAAAAUUUAAAAAAUAUCUCGAUUUGCUGAAAAAGACGUUUCCAGAAUUAAUAGUUGGUGUCGAAUUUCGAGGCAAAUUUUUAAUAGAUCACUAUACUAAACCACUGAUAAAAUGGUUAGAUAUCAACUUAAUAAGCUCAGCUAUGGAUUUUUACGUUAUUUCUCUGGAGUACUUUAAUCCGUGCACUGCUGACUUGAUAAAUACUGGAAUUGCUCCAAUGAACGGAUCAAAUACAAAAUAUACAUUGGAAAAAUUAGUAGAAGCCUUACAACAUUUAAAAUUUCCAAAUGAAAAAAUAUACUUUAAGUUUGGAAUAGUCCCAGUAUCACCUGAUGAGCUAGAAUAUACUUGUAAUAUGACUAAUGAAAAGUUGUGUGUACAGCCACAAUUAAUGUGUGAUUGGUGUUCAGAUACUCAAUUGUCAUAUAAUGAAAAAGGUAAAUUUUCGGCAAAUAAUGGAGCUGGAUUUAUGGUUCGUUAUAUUGAUUUUGACGAUCCUGAUAAUUGUUGUCAAUGUGAAACCCCUUACCCUGCGUUCAAUGCUAUUCUAGAUGGUUUUAAUAAUGUUGAAACAAAAACUUGUGAUUUAUUUAAUAGAGGUUAAACAGCAGCAAGUCAAAUAAUUAAAACCGAUUUUAGAAAUACCACCAACGAUAAAAUGUACAACAGUAAAUAUGGACAGCUUCAUCAAGAAUAAUUUAAUAUUUUAAUUAAGAUAUUUAAAAAGAAUUGAAAGAAUCUAUCUAAAACGUCCUGAGUAUAGAC